GAGGAAGAUGAAGAUGAUGAUAAAGAUGAUCUUCAACUAACCUGUCAGCUUAGUUUUUUUCUUGAAAUAAACUCACUGGUGUAACUUGAAUCUUAUUGUUCAUUUCAUUUACUCUCAUUUGAUAUUUUACCUUCCAUGAUAUAAUCUGGUUACUUGUUAAGAUCUUAAAGUUUACCUGAGAGAUAAAAAGAGUGAAUUAGAAAAAAAAGUAAAAAAAAGACACUAGUUAACUAAUUGUCUUUGUAAUUGUUGUUUUUUACCUUUAAUUAGUUUGUUAUUUUCUCAUUUAUUUCAACAAUCAGUGUCAAUCACAAUUUAAGAAUGAGAUUUUUAUCUCUAAAUUGUCUUCUUAUUUUCUUAUGUUCCAUUGCUGUUUGUAAUGGUGGUAAAUCUAAUCCAACCAAUGGAACCUCAUCAACCACAACAACCACAACAUCGACCACAGUUAAAUCAACAUAUACAACUCGAGAUUUAAUUCGUGACCUUAUAACAUCUUUGACCUCCGAUGGCUCAUCAAACUCAACAACAUCCAAUUCCAGUUCACUUAAACCCUUUCAACGGGACGUUAAAGCAUCAACUUCAACCGUCUCAUUGUUAAGCUAUGGUAACUUGGCGAUUUUAGGUGCCGUUGUAUUGGGUGGCCUUGCUUACGUUGCACCAACAUUUAUUCCUGAAUAUCGUCGACGUGCUGGUCCAAUGCCUCCCAUGCAUCCAGUUUAUCCUCAUCGUUUCUUUGACAGUUUAUCAGAUUUUUCUGCAGACAUGAUACCUUAUAUUGAGAAUGAAAUUCAACAGCAAGGUCACUUUUACAAGCGCAAUAAACGAGCCAUUUCAACCUCCUCCUCCUCUCCUUCAAAUACUGGAAUAAUGGGAAUCACCGGCGGUGGAGAGGAAACCAAAGAGCGACUCGAUUUACUCAACAUAUUAUCUAAACGAUUCACGGCCGUUUCGGAAUCGGUAAUGGUCUGGGUUGAACGAACCCUCGAUAAUCUGCCCAACCUACCGCGACUCGAGGCUCAAUCCUGUAUGAAAAGAUGUAUCUGUGAGGCUCAUAGUCAGCCCAAAAAAUAUGGACUCACUGGCCUGGUAUUACAAUUAUUUUUCCCACCUUAUGUUGAAAGCGAUACUCCCUCCAAGAUCAUUUCGAAAUAUCAACUGGCCGCUCGUUAUGGACGCACCGAGAACGCAAAUUGUGGACAACAAUAUGACGAUUGUAUAAUUAAUUUCCUCGAUAUUGUUAAAUCUGUAACCAAUUUGCUUCUGUAAAUCAAUUAAUCAUUUACUUAGGUGCCAAUAUUUUUGUAUUAUCUUUGAAAUCCAACCCACCAAAAUCAACAAUUAACACAAAAAUCAAAUGUAGAUUAUCACAAUUAAUUAACUUAUGAUAACAAUUUAAAUUCUCAUUCAAA